AUGCCGCCAUCAUCACCAACUCCCACCCAAUCUCCUCUCACCAGCGCUCUCGCAAAACCCAAAACCAAGGGCAAGAUUCACGUCUCCUUCACAGACUGGGUUUUGGGCGGCUCACUCCUCUCCAUCAAUUCUCCCAACCCGAAUAAUGCUGUUGCUGCAGCCACGCGCCAGAGAAAUGAUAAUCGCAUCAGAGCAACAGCUACGAAGGAUAAAAGUGGAAGAAAUAUUGUUAUCCUAGAAGAUCGGGAACAAGAUGGAAUGGUGGGAGAAGUGGAAAUGCUUGUUGUGAGGAAAGUUAGUAAGAAGCAUGGGCAUGUAAGAAGUAGAAGUGGGAGUGCGGGAGAGGUGGUGAGUGUUAAGGCGAAGAUCUCGGAGGAAGUUUUGGAGACGGUUGUGGAGGAGAGUAAGGAGGAGAAGAAGGCAGAAAGCAAGGAGGAAGUAAAGGAAGAGAAGAAGGAAGAGAAGAAGGAACAGCCGAAGGAAGAGAAGAAGGAAGAGACAAAGGAAGAGAAGAAUGAAGAAGUAGUUGAGGUUAAGCCCGAUGAUGAUAAGGGUGAGCAUGUAUUGAAUUUACAGAAAGAUGGAGAGGGUGAAGAACAGGGAGUGAAGGUGGUUGAGGAGACGAAACCAAAGGCCGAAAAGCCCAAAGCUGAUGUUGCCAUCGAAAUAGCUGCAGCCCCAAGCACCGAAGACAAAGAUAAAGACAAUAAACCCUCACCGGAAGUCGUUAUCGUCAAGGUCGAAGUCGAGGGAAAGGAAAAGGAAGAUAAAGACAAGGGCAAGGAUAAGAAGGAAGAUAAAGAUGUCAAGGAAACAUCCAAAGGCGAGGAUGACCCCGAUUCUACUACUAAUAAGCCUGACGAAUCAAGCGCUGAUACCACAGUCACAGCCACAGAUUCCAAAGAGAAGACCCCUUCUAUUACUGAUAAACCUACAGAAAAGGCUGCCGAAGAAACUACCGAGACUAAGGAAAACAAGAAGGAUGACAAGGUAAAGCCCGUCGAUGGGAAUAAAUGGGCCAAAGAACAAGACUCAAAAAUUAUGGCCAUGAAGAAGGAAAACAAGACCUGGAAGGAAAUUUCUGGGGAAUUAGGUACUAGCAAAAAAGAAGUAGUAGCAAGAUACAAAUUUUUGCAAGAACAAGAAAAGACCGAGGACGAAGAGGAAAAGGCAGAGGUAGAAGAAAAACCCAAGAAAGUCGAGAAGAAGCAGAAGAACAAGUGUACCGCACAAGUCGACAAUGAAGAUACGGAAGAGGAAAUCUACAUCUCACCAAGUUGCCCUUACCAUCAACCCAAAUCCAAGACAUACACUGCAUCUGCUCCAAAACAAGAAAAGAAAAAGAAGCGCAAGUCUUAUGGAGAACUUGAUAGAGAAAGAGAUGAUGAGGAUGAGGAACAGGAAGAACGCAGGCAGGAAAAUGGUCAUGGUCAUCAGCAGGCACAUCUUCGACCGGAUAAGAUAUGGUCAGCGGAAGAUUGCGAAACUUUGGAGUAUUUGAUGGAGAAACAUAGGAGUACACAGUGGUUGCAAUUGCAAGCUGGGUUCUUCAACUAUACUGGAAGAAUGGUUAAGGCUGAGUUUAUUGAGAAAAAGUUUAGGAAGGAUGGACUUGCUUGA